CUUCUUCCAGUGGGUGAAGGUGGCACCUCUCCCAGUGGGUGAGGGCCAAGGCUUCAAUGACUGCAGCUCUCCCAGUGGGUGUGGGGCUGCCCCCAGGUCUCUGUGGAUUCUUUGGGUGUGAUGGGGCUACAUGUCCCAGUCAAGAGCCUCCAAAGAGGGUUGUAAGGAGGCCAGGAAAAGGCUCAGUUCUCAUGUCUUUAGAUGUGAAAGACAUCAGCGGAUCCUUAACCAAUUUCUCAAAAGUCUAUGGCCCUGUGUUCACCCUAUACUUGGGCAGGAAGCCCGCUGUGGUGUUGCAUGGGUAUGAAGCAGUGAAGGAGGCUCUGAUCGACCAUGGGGAGGAGUUUGCUGGAAGAGGAAGCUUCCCAAUGGCAGAAAGAUAUAAUAAAGGCCUUGGCAUUGUUUUUAGCAAUGGAAACAGAUGGAAAGACAUAAGGCGCUUCUCACUCAUGGCUCUGCGGAGUCUGGGCAUGGGCAAAAGGAGCAUUGAGGACCGUGUACAAGAGGAAGCACAGUGUCUUGUGGAGGAACUGAGGAAAACCAAUGGGUCACCCUGUGAUCCCACGUUCAUCCUGAGCUGUGCUCCCUGCAAUGUGAUCUGCUCCAUUAUUUUCCAGAAUCGUUUUGAUUAUACAGAUCAGGAUUUUCUUACCUUUAUGGAAAAAGUAAAUGAGAAUGUCAGGAUUCUGAGCUCUCCCUGGUUGCAGGUCUGCAAUAAUUUUCCUUCACUAAUUGACUACUGUCCAGGAAGUCAUCAUACAAUAACAAAAAAUGUCAAUUAUAUCAGAAGCUACCUUUCAGAGAAAAUAAAAGAACAUCAGGAAACAUUGGAUGUUGCAAACCCUCGGGACUUUAUUGAUUAUUACCUGAUUAAACUAAAGCAGGGAAACUACAAUCAACAAUCAGAAUUUACACUUGAAAAUCUGGCAACCACUGUCAGGGAUCUGUUUGCUGCUGGGACAGAGACAACGAGCACAACGCUGAGGUAUGCUCUCCUGCUCCUGCUGAAGCACCCACACGUCACAGCUAAAGUCCAGGAAGAGAUUGAUCAAGUGGUUGGCAGACACCGCAACCCCUGCAUGCAGGACAGGAGCCACAUGCCCUACACAGAUGCCAUGAUUCAUGAGGUCCAGAGAUUCAUCGACCUCAUCCCCACCAACCUGCCCCAUGCGGUGACCUGUGACAUUAAAUUCAGGGACUACUUCAUUCCCAAGGGAACAACGAUAAUAACAUCACUGUCAUCAGUGCUGCACGACAGCAAGGAAUUCCCCAACCCAGAGGUAUUUGACCCUGGCCAUUUUCUUGAUAAGAAUGGAAAGUUUAAGAAAAGUGACUACUUCAUGCCCUUUUCAACAGGAAAACGGAUGUGUGCAGGAGAGGGCCUGGCACGCAUGGAGCUGUUUCUAUUCCUGACCACCAUUUUGCAGAACUUUAAGCUGAAAUCUCUGGUUCACCCUAAGGACAUUGAUACAACCCCAGUGGUAAACGGAUUAGCCUCUCUGCCACCCUCCUAUCAGCUCUGCUUCAUUCCUGUCUAACGAAGAUUAGAGUUUCUGGCCCAGGCUGCGUUUUUUUUUCCGCAAUCCCCUCUAGACCUUCAAUCCAUCAGGGACAAAGUGUCCUCCCUCCCCUCUCAUGUAUUCUCAUUCAAUCAAGUCUCAAGAAACACCUGUCAAUCAUUUUGCAAAAUCUGGAGUCACUGCACAAAUGUAUUUCUAUUUGCUAUUCUUUGCAACAGUGUUACUAUUCCUUGUGCUAAUAUAUAUGUGUUCCUGAGCUAAAAUACAACUUUACCAUUAUAUAACUAAUAUAAUAAGAUAAUUCAUUGUUAUUUUUCAUGCUUUCAAUAAUAAAUAUAUCUGAUCUGUG